AUGGUUGGCGUCGUCCGUCGCAUGAAUAAAUUGAAGACUCUCCUCCGCCUCCGUCACGGUCCCGGUGCCGCCAUACUCCCAAAUGAGGUCACAAGAUUACACUUGGAAUUUGCAAAUCGGUGGAACGAUGGGCAGUACGGCCCACGGAAGUUUUGGCAGACCUGUCUUCCUCGCUUAAAAUACUGGAACCCGGCCACCCCCAUGAUUGUUAACCGGACUACCGAUACUACUGGACCAGCGACAUUGACAAUCUACUUUCGGGAGAAACAUGGCAACUCGUCGGCUUCCGCAUUUCCUGUAACUCCGGACAUGCAACCGGGCUCAUCUUUCACCGGGUCGUCAAAGGCACCCGAACCCACUGCCGUAGAAAGCACAGUCAAGAUUGACAUGAAAGGACUUCACUCCGAUGCAAUUCUACAAGAUUUCCUGGCUAAGUCAGGUGCUAUCACCGUGUCUCCAACUCCCCAAGAGGUGGCAGAAAUGCGCGACGUGGAAGAACGUGCUGAGCGCGCCAAGGUGGAUCGUGAGGUCAUGGCUAGGUACAUAUUUACAAAGCGGAGGGAGGCCUCGAUUAUUGCACAGGCGAAGAGUGAGGCAGCCGCUAUGAAACAAGCCCUGUAA